CACGAGAGAGACAGAGAUGGGUGCAGUCUGUUCACUCCCUCCAGGUCCUCCACUGAGGAUUGUGAUGAUUGGGAAAACUGGUGUUGGGAAGAGUGCGGUCGGUAAUACCAUUGUGGGAAGAAAGGUUUUCAAGUCUUCAGCGAGUGCGCAGUCAGUAACAGAGAACUGUGAGAAAGAACGGGUCAGAAGUGGCAGAAAGAUCCAUGUGGUCGACACACCUGGCAUUCUGGAUACGUCUAAAAGUGCAGAGAGCAUCAAGCAAGAGAUUAUAAAAUGCAUCCAGGUGUCCUCUCCCGGCCCUCAUGCCUUCCUGUUGGUCAUCCAGAUUGGCAGGUUCACCAAAGAAGAAGAAAACUGUGUCCAAGCCCUGGAGAAAAUCUUUGGACCUGAGGCGUCUAAGUACAUGAUUGUUCUGUUCACGCGUGGCGAUGAACUGAAAGGCAAAAGUAUUCGGGAGUAUGUGCAAACAGGCCACCCGAAACUUCGAGAGGUGAUAAACAGGUGUGGUAACCGGUACCAUGUCUUCAACAACAAGAAAAGGAUAAAGAGGCCUCAAGUGAUUGAGUUGAUCAAGAGGAUUGAUGAGUUGGUGGCAGCAAAUGGAGGGAUGCACUUUCGUGAAGAAAUGUAUGAGGAGACAGAGAAGACUCUGCAGCAGCAGAAGGGUGACAGAGAGACAGCAGAGCAGCAAGUUUACAACUUCCCCUUCAUGGCCGAUCUGCUUCAAAGGGUCAUUCUGUUUCAGGCUAUGCUAGCUGCCACACAGGACAACCCCAACAACCUGGACCGCUCCAUCACCGUCCCCACCUCCAACAUAACACCAUGACAGCCUUCAGUUCCAGUUCAAAUUUCUGCUUGUCUGAUACAGAGACUCAAAUAGUUUAACAUACAUACAUUUACUCAAUAGUUUAACAUACAUUGUCCAACAGCUAAUUUAUGUCCCUAGGACAAAUUAUUCAAAUGUGUAAGUAAUAAAUGUAUAAUGAAUACAGUUCUGGAAUAAUUAUAUAUAUUUGGUUAUAUUUGGUUAUUUACCCAAUAUCAAGUAUGUGUGUGUGUUGCUGCUGUAUAUAAAUUUACUUGAUGAUAUGCCCUAAAGUUUGACCAUGACAUGAUGGGUAAAAAAUCCUUUCCUUGGCAAUGUUGUGUAACGCCAAGGCCAAUACAACCAUCCUGGUUCACAGAUACACUAGUUUUAUAGCACACAUAAAGGAAUAUUGUAUGCAGUACAAGGUCUUUCCUGAUGUGGUCAUAUCAGUAGAGCAAAAACACAGAUUUAUAUUGUAUGAUCACUGCAAAUAAUAUUGCAUGUGUGAUGAUAUGUAUUGUAUUUAUAGAUUUGCUCUACUCAUUUGAAGUGUAAUAUGUAUAGAUGUUAGCAGGAGAUUCUAUGUCCAUGUAAUUAUACUGAUUAAU